CUCAAUAGUCACUUCUGCCAUAAAAAAACCACGAAAAGUCGACCGUUGAGACUCCACAUCUUCCCUCUCACUCUCACUCUCACUCUCACUCGCCCACUCACCGCUGCUCGCUCUGAACAGGACGGCCGUCAAAGAAGCCGAUUGUGAGAGAGUUGAACUCAGAACAAAGUAAAGAAACGAAAAUGGCGACUCUGGACAGCCGAUCACCGGGACGGGACCCACCACCAAUCGACGGGAACAUUGGCGUUCAGACGCCCAAGAUUUCUGUCUACGAACAGACGAGAGAAGAGAGAAUCAGAGCCAACUUGGAGAGGAUGCAGAAGCUCGGCCUCAAGGAGCUCUCUCUGAACCUCAAUCCUCUUUCCCGGACCAAACCCAAGCAGCAGCGCAAAAGCUACACUAAGUUCUCCGAGAGGCCCGAGCUUUCUUCCCCACGCCGCCGCUCGUCUAGGCUGCAAAAUGUACAGCCCCCUAGCUAUUCAGAAGGGAGGAAGUCAAAAAGGGAUGUGCUGGAUGAUGACGAAGGUGCGAAUCGCAGUGCUGGGGGUAGCAAGCCGGAGGUUUACACUGAAGAGCAGGUUAAGAGGCUGGGAGGCACCGAGAGGACCUGGACACUUUUCGUGGAUGGAUAUGGGAAGGAUGGGAGAAGAAUAUAUGAUCCCAUCAAUGGCAAGACUUGCCACCAGUGCAGGCAGAAAACUCUUGGCCAUCGCACUCACUGUAGCAGUUGCCAAAGGGUGCAAGGGCAGUUUUGUGGAGAUUGCUUGUACAUGAGAUAUGGUGAGCAUGUACUUGAAGCCUUGGAAGAUCCGAACUGGAUAUGCCCAGUCUGCCGCGGGAUUUGCAACUGCAGCUUUUGUCGACAAGCAAAAGGGUUUGCUCCCACUGGAAUUAUGUACAGAAAGAUAUCAAGCUUGGGGUACAAGUCAGUUGCACACUACCUCAUGCAGGCUCAACGUCCAGAAACCAAUGUUGUUGCCAAUACAAGCUCAGCUCCUCUAAGUGAAGAGUCUGCUAAAAGGUCAAUUGCAUUUUCAGAUACCGAAGAAGCAGCACCAGAGGAACCUUGUGAAAUCGAGCAUCAACAAGAUACACCAGCUAAGCAACCUCAUUCUGAAGAACUCAAACCAGGCAGCGAAACUCCAGUAUUGAAUAGCGAGAUAAAGAGAUUGGUGUGGAUGGAGGGUGAAGUAGAUUGUGACUAUUCAAAAUUUAUAUCAGCAACUCCUCCUAAAAGUGAAGGGAGGAUUGAAAACAAACUCAAAUAUGAAGAGAAAGAUGAAAUGGUUACAGACUUGGAGGCGGGGCAGAGGAGGCCAAGCAGGAGACUCGAUGUAAGUGAUGAUCACUAUGAGGUUGAAAUAACAAUGGUGAUGGAGGGUAAAGCUUCUGGUGGCACCAUGAUGGACCAAGCUGCUGCACCGAGCCCCAACAGCAUUGGUGGAAGGCUUCGUCGAAGGAGCGGAUUAGGACCUUCUGGUGGCAUCACUAUUAACCAAGCUGCUGCACCAAGUCCCGAUAGCAUCGGUGCAAGGCUGCGUCAAAGGCGCAGAUUAGGUGCUUAAAUGAUCUAGUUCAUGGAGAAGAAGACACAGAACAAGAUGAAGAUUUUUUUGGGUAGGGGAUGGUCUUGUGUCUUUAUUUUGUGAAGCGGAUUGUAGAAGUUUUGAAGACAUUGUUAGUUCUAGUUUUAAUGUUUUAUCAACAUUCUAGGUUUGCUCUUAUGGGAUUGGUGCAAAGAUGUUGAGCCGAAAGAAACCGGAACCGGAGUUACUGGUUCAACCUCCAUGCCGGGCCAAACGGUAGACCGGUUUACCAAAAGAAAACCAAACUCCUAUUGCUCAUCCUAA